AUGAAAGCAGUAAUACUUGUUGGCGGAUAUGGAACAAGACUUCGGCCCUUGACUCUUACUCAGCCGAAACCACUCGUAGAAUUUGCAAACAAACCGAUGAUGCUUCAUCAGAUGGAAGCUCUUGUUGCUGUAGGUGUUGACACUGUCAUACUGGCCGUUAGCUAUCGUGCAGAACUUCUGGAAAAACAAAUGAAACGAUAUGCUGAAGAGCUUGGUGUCGAAAUAGACUUCUCUCUUGAAGAAGAGCCAUUAGGUACGGCAGGCCCUUUGGCUUUGAUAAAGGACAGAUUGGAAGGCGAUGAACCAUUUUUUGUUCUAAAUUCGGAUAUCAUUUGUGAGUUCCCAUUUCGUCAAAUGAUUGAGUUUCACAAAUCUCACGGUCAUGAAGGAACUAUAGCCGUAACGAAGGUCGAGGAGCCAAGCAAGUACGGUGUUUGUGUAUUCAAUGAAAAGACUGGUAAAAUAGAUAGUUUUGUCGAGAAACCCGAAGAAUACGUUGGAAAUAAGAUCAACGCUGGUCUCUACAUCCUUUCUUCAUCUGUUCUGAAUCGAAUUACGCUGCGUCCAACCUCCAUUGAAAAGGAAAUUUUCCCAGAGAUGGUUAAAGAUGGUGAACUGUAUGCAUUUGAGUUGCCAGGUUUUUGGAUGGAUGUUGGACAGCCAAAAGAUUUCCUGACUGGUAUGCGAUUAUAUUUGAAACAUCUUCGUGAAAAGUCACCAUCACUACUUGCUCAAGGUGAACAUAUAAUUGGUAAUGUGAUUGUUGACGGAACAGCUGUUAUUGGUCAUGAUUGCAGGAUAGGACCCAAUGUUGUAAUAGGACCACGCGUGAAAAUUGAAGAUGGCGUCUGUCUACGUCACUGCAGCAUCUUAUCGGAUAGCGUCGUACAUACUCAUUCUUGGAUUAACAGUAGCAUCGUUGGUAGAAAAUGUUCUAUCGGUGAGUGGGCACGAAUCGAAAACACUUGCGUUAUUGGUGACGACGUUGUUGUGAAUGACGAGCUCUAUCUGAAUGGUGCACGAGUAUUGCCACAUAAGGCAAUAACGGCAAACGUGCCAGAACCAGACAUCAUCAUGUAA